GCCUACCUUCCUGCUUCCAAGCCAAUUUCAAAUCAAGAGCGUAUCGCAACAUAACCUCGUCAAAGGGCAUACCAACUUCUCUCAAUAUGGCAGAGCUUAACGUUACUACUUCCUCUUCUCCCGCGCCCUUGGGGCAGCCUUCUGUCGCCCCAGCGGCGCCAGACUGGAAGGGCCUCUUUAGCCGGGAAAGCCAGCUGAGAAAGAAGUCCGUUAUGCAGGGAAUGCACCAAAUUCUCGAUAAGUCGGUGGUAGAAAUACGAUCACUUGGCCCUGGCGCACCGUCGACUGACUACUUCCCCUUCUAUGGUAUGGACUUCGAGGUUCCAUUGUCCGAACCACCGAAGACCGCGGAUGGCAAAAUGGCUUCAAAGGCAACUGCGAAAAUUCACGCUGGCAAGCAUGACAGCAAGAAUGGACAUAGCAUAUACGAUAUUGCGAUUGCAUUACAAUAUGGUCAGGGUACUGGAUCUACACAGCUCUUGGAGUUUCUCUCUGAGCAUGUCAAGAUCAUCCAUGACCCGCCGUAUAAGCACUGGAGAUGCAUCCUGACAGCUGGGAAUACCUCUGCCUUUGAUAUCGUUCUCCGAAUGUUUACAAAGCCAGGUGAUUAUCUUCUAGUGGAGGAGUACACCUACCCAACCGUCUACGAAACAGCUUUACCAAUGGGCCUCAAAUUUGCAGGCAUUCGAAUGGACGAUUUUGGAAUGGUUCCUGCCCAUCUCGACGAAGUUCUCUCCAACUGGAGCGAAGACGCGGAAAUGGGAAAGAAGCCGCGGCUCCUAUACAUUAUUCCUUGCGGUCAAAAUCCGUCGGGAGCGACCCAGCCUACUGACAGAAGACGAGACAUCUACAAGGUCGCACAAAAGCACGACCUUCUCAUAUUGGAGGAUGAUCCCUACUACUACAUUCAAUUCCCACCGUAUACAUCCCCAACAUCCGAGGAGAAACGAGAUACCGACCUUUCGGCUAUUCGACCAAACUCCGCAGAACUUGUUGACAGGACGCUUCUUCCUAGCUACCUCAACAUCGAUAAUGAUGGAAGGGUGCUCCGGAUGGAUUCUUUCUCCAAGAUUAUCGCGCCCGGAGCCAGAAUGGGGUGGGUCACUGCGCCGGAACAAAUAAUCGAACGGUUCGUGCGCGCUCAUGAAGUUUCCGUGCAGAAUCCGAGCGGUUUCUCUCAGCUCGCCAUAUUCAAGCUUCUGCAUGAUUAUUGGGGCCAUUCUGGGUUCAAAAGAUGGCUCAACCAGUUGCAAAGUGAGUAUAGCAAGAGACGCAACAUUAUGUUAGAUCUCUGCGAGCGACAUCUGCCAGGCGAGAUCACAUCUUGGACUCCCCCACGCGCAGGAUUCUUUCUCUGGAUAUAUGUUGAUUGGGAAAAGCAUCCCGAUGCGUUGUCGAAGUCUGCUCGAGCGGUUGAACAGGAGAUAUAUGACUGUGCUAUCAACCACGGUACGCUGGUCAUCCCUGGUAGUGCCUUUCUGCCUGAGAACAAAGUGGGUUGUAUGGAGAAGGUUUUCUUCCGUAUGACUUAUGCAAGCGUUCCUCCAGAUACAAUGCAGGAGGCUAUUCGAGGACUAGGAGCUGCACUACGUGAGGUCUUUCGGCUAUAGUUGAGAUUACACCGUCCUGCUUCAUGCGGCUUCCUAGGUGCAAAUCCCUCAGAUGCAUCCGAUAUGAAAGGAGAAAUGACCAUGCCACAAUUCCUGAAACCUAUACCAGAGACAAUACCAUAGGAGUUCAUUUAUUAAUUGGGUCUUGUACGUUUAUAUGAAUAGAAUAGGAAGUUCAAUGCGU